ACUGUAUGUGAUUGGAUCAAGUGUGUUUGAAGGAGGUGGCGAUCAUCCUGCUAGAGGAUUUAAUCAAACCUUCUAAGAGCUGGGAACUUCUUUGUGUGUUUGAUCCUACAGUUACACACUUGUCGUCGCAAGAGCGUGAAGCUCCACCAUGGUGCACAAGGUCGCAGUGAUCGGCGCCGGCCCGUCGGGUCUGAGCUCCGUCAAGGCGUGUUUGGACGACGGCUUGCUGCCCACCUGCUUCGAGAGCAGCGACGACCUCGGCGGACUUUGGAAGUUCAAAGAGGUGUCGGAGCCCAACCGUGCCAGCAUCUACCGCUCCCUGACCAUCAACAUCUCCAAGGAGAUGUUGUGCUACAGCGACUUCCCCAUCCCGGCCGACUACCCAAACUACAUGCACCACUCCAAAAUACUCAUAUACUUCCGUAUGUACGCCGAGCACUUCAAGCUGCUGCCGCACAUACACUUCCGGACCUUGGUUAAGAGCGUCAGACAGAAAGCCGAUUAUUCCCGCACGGGUCAAUGGGAAGUGUUGACAGAGAGAAGGGACGGAAAGGAAGAGACGCACGUCUUUGAUGCUGUUAUCUGCUGCUCAGGACAUUACACUUACCCCAACCUGCCCCUACAGGACUUCCCAGGAAUCGAGAGCUUCCCGGGACGAUACCUGCACAGCUGGGACUACAAGGGUCCUGAGGACAUGCACGGCAAGCGAGUGGUGGUGGUCGGCAUCGGGAACUCAGGCAGCGACAUCGCGGUGGAGAGCAGCAAGUUUGCAGAGCAAGUGUACAUGAGCACACGCCGUGGCGCCUGGGUCAUCAGGCAGGUGUCGGACGACGGCUUGCCAGUGGACAUGAAGUACAACACGCGCUUUGUCCACAUUUUGUUCCAACUCUUCCCAAUGAAAUUCUUCAACUGGUUUGGCGAGAAGAAACUCAACGCCAUGUAUGACCACACCAUGUACGCCCUCAAGCCCAACCACAGGCUCUUCAGUCAAGUCCCAGUGAUCAACGACGACCUGCCUUUUAAGAUUCUCUCCGGCUCCGUCGUCAUCAAGCCCAACGUCAAGGAGAUCCGUGGCUCCUCUGUGCUCUUUGAGGACGGUAGCGUUGUAGAGAAGGUGGACACCAUCGUGUUCGCCACGGGGUAUAAUUACGACUUCCCGUACUUGCCCAGCGGCGCUCUGUACAAGUCGGAGCACCGCGUCGGUCUCUACAAGCACGUCUUUCCACCCAACCUGGAGCACCCCACCCUGGCCGUGGUGGGUUUUAUCCACGCCCUCGGAGCCAUCAUGCCACAGGCCGAAAUGCAGGGCCGUUGGGUCUCGCAGGUCUUCAAAGGACACCUAAAGUUGCCUUCAAACCAGGCCAUGAUCAAAGCUGUAGAGCAGGAUACCAAGGACAUCAACAAAAGUUACAUCGUGUCCAAGCUGACGCCGCUCCAGGUAGACUUUGUGUCCUACAUGGACGACCUGGCCGGAACGAUCGGAGCGCGACCCAGCCUGCUGUGGCUCCUCUUCACCGACUACUCGCUCUUCAAAAAGGUCCUGUGGGGGCCCCUCACCGCCUAUCAAUACCGCCUGACUGGGCCCGGCAAGUGGGAGGGCGCCCGGCAGGCCAUCUUCACACAGUUUGACCGCUUGUUCGAGCCCCUAAAGACCAGGAAGGUGAAGGAACAGGAACAAAACGGCUCCGGCUCCAGUCGCCUGUUCAAGUUGAGCCUGGCCCUCAUUGCCGGAGGAGCCGUAGUCUUCUACGUUCAAGUUCGAGACCCAUCUGUCGUUCCCAACUUGAUGGCCAAACUGAAUCUCCAAAAAGUCUGAAUGAACGUCAAACAUCCUGACCAUUUAAGCCACUAAUUUACUUGCUUUACAUGCUGUCAAUCAUUUCAACAGGUCAAAGUCAACCAUAAUAAUUUAUGGACUUCAUCAGCAGAAAUCACAGGUGCUAACCCAUAUUCGGUGUGUUGGACCUCUCAGAGAUAUUUGACAUAAAAACCUUAGACUUGUUUGGAGAACCUGUUUUGAAACAGCAGGACCACACUCGAUGGCUAAUGAACACUAAUGACAUACCUAAUGUAUGCUAGCAAGCGUAAUGGAUCAAAACUAGGGUUAUGACUAUUGCCAAAGCAAUAACCUCAAUUAUUUUAUCAAUAUUGAAAUCGCAAAUAUUAAUCACGAUUAUUCAUUAUGUUAGGAAAAAUAUACCUAUAUAUAAUAUUCUCUACUUGCAUGGUGAGGUCCCGAAGGCGGGGGGAGCGUAUGAACAUGACGUCAUAAUCAAAUGUGUCAUGAAAUAGUCCAAUAAAGACUGAAUAAAUGUUAUUCAUAUA